AUGCUUACGAAAGAAGAGUUGGAGGAUAAUGUGACAGAUCAAACGCAUCACAUUGUUGUUCCUUCGUACUCAGCCUGGUUCGAUUAUAACUCAAUUCACACAAUAGAGAAGCGUGCAUUACCAGAAUUUUUCAAUGGAAAGAACAAGUCAAAGACACCUGAAAUAUAUCUUGCAUACAGGAACUUCAUGAUCGACACGUACCGGCUGAACCCCACAGAGUACUUAACUAGUACGGCAUGCCGUCGUAACCUAGCGGGCGACGUGUGCGCCAUUAUGCGUGUCCACGGCUUCCUUGAGCAGUGGGGACUCAUCAACUACCAGUUAGAGGCGGAGUCUCGACCAACAGCAAUGGGACCGCCGCCUACUUCGCACUUCCACGUGCUGUCCGACACACCUUCUGGUCUUCAACCUCUGCAGUCCAGGCCUACACAGCCGAGACCAGCGGAAAACGCGGCCGUGCCUAAAGUGGAGGCCGGGCUGCCAAACGGCUCGGAGGCUGGCGCUCCAGCAGCUGCUGCGGGCGCUGCUGCUGCCGCCGCUGGCGCUGCUGCUGCUGCUGCCGGCGCCGCGCCGCCCGCCCCCGCGCCCGUGCCCGCCGUCCCGCCCGCGCCCGCCGCGCCGCCAGCACCGGCCGCACCCCCGGCGACCGUCAAACAGGAGCCCGCCAUCGACCUGGGCACCCCGCCCGGACUUAAACUGGACCAGUACCGCGGCGGGACCCGCGGGCGCGAGUGGACGGAGCAAGAGACGCUGCUGCUGCUGGAGGCGCUGGAGCUGCACCGCGACGACUGGAACCGCGUCGCCGCGCACGUGGGCACGCGCACGCACGACGAGUGCAUCCUGCACUUCCUGCGCCUGCCCAUCGAGGAGCCCUACCUGCAGGAUUCCGCCUCCGGUGGUGUACUUGGCCCUCUUGCCUAUCAGCCGAUACCCUUCAGCAAAGUCGGCAACCCAGUGAUGAGUACAGUGGCGUUUUUGGCAUCAGUUGUCGAUCCACGGAUAGCCUCCAAGGCUACCAGGGCUGCUAUGGAUGAAUUUGCUGCUAUCAAGGACGAGGUGCCGGCGGCCAUGAUGGAGGCGCACGUGAAGGCGGCGGGCGCGCACGGGCCGGCCGCCGCGCUCGCCGCCACUGGCAUCGCCGGCACCGCGCCCGACGUCAAGCCGCCAGGUGAAAAGAAAGAAGAACCGUCUGAUGUGAAGACGGAACCAAUGGAGGUUGAAGAAAGCGAGGUGAAGGUGAAAGACGAGCCAUCUGAUGCAACGUCCGCUGAUGAAGCUAAGGAUAGAAAGGAGACCGCGACGCCUCCUCCUGAGUGCGGGGCGGUGGCAGGCAGUGGCAGCGGUGGCGGCGGUGGCAGUGGUGCCGUGGAGGCAGGCGUGGCGGCGGCUGCAGCAGCGGCGUUGGCAGCGGCCGCGGUCAAGGCCAAGCACUUGGCCGGCGUCGAGGAGCGCAAGAUCAAGUCGCUCGUGGCGCUGCUCGUCGAGACGCAGAUGAAGAAGCUUGAGAUCAAGCUGCGUCACUUCGAAGAGCUCGAGGCCACCAUGGAGCGCGAGAGGGAGGGUCUUGAAUAUCAAAGGCAACAGUUGAUUCAAGAACGACAGCAGUUCCAUUUAGAGCAGUUGAAGGCCGCCGAGUUCCGUGCCAGGCAUCAAGCACAUCAAAGACUUCAAGCGGACAGUGGUGGAGCUGGCGCAGCGGCGGGCGGCACGGCUGGCGCGGGCGAGGCGGCGGCCGGCGAGACACCCGCGCCUGCCGCGCCCGCGCUCCACGCGUAA